AUGCUUCGUGCCGUCCGCCCCCUGGCCGCAAUUGUCUAAGCAAGUCAAACAAGCUCGCUGCUCACCACACCGGCCCGAUCGGACAUAGCAUUAGGAUGGGCCGGCGAAAGAAAAACGCCAAUGCGUCCGACGGUGGUAAUGGUCGCGCGGCGACGGAGACGGCUAACGCGGUAGCGAAGGCGGCGGCGACGACCGCCACCAGCGAGCGGGAGGAGGAGGUGGAUCCGUACACGAUACCGCUGCAUUCGCGCCAGGCCGCGUUCGCCAUCCUGUGGCUGCUCGUCUACAGCUUCGCCAUGUUCACGCUGCCGUUCGGUGCGUUCUACGGCACCCGGCACGUGCUGGCGGACCGGUUUCAGAUCGAGGGCUUCCCGAACACGUGCGGUUCGGUGCUGGCCGCGGUCGUGACGGUCAACGUCAUCAUCAUGCUGUACGCGUUCCGCGGCUUCCGCGAGGUGGAGGAGGAGGACCGGGAGCGGUCGAAGCAGAAGGCGAAAUAAGCUCACCCAUUCCAGCCGUCCGUCCGUCCGCUUUUACCACGUGCACCGACGACCAGUAUUAUAAGGGGGUAAAAUAAACAACUGCUUCCUGCCGUCGCCGCCGCCGUCGCCUACCCACCACCCCGUAAAUGGCGCUUUGCGACCGCUCUUGCCGGUUUCACCUUCCUGUCCCACACACAAACACCAACAAU